UUAAAUGAUGAUAGGCAAAAAUAAUUGUGAGGAAACAUUUUUUGCUUUUAAAGUGCCAUAAAAAUCCAAUUUAUAUAUAUUAACAAUUUUUGUUUAUUAAAAAGGUGGGAUACGUGACGUCAUUGAACAAAAAAAACCGCGUAUCUCACGCUUGUUCCGUUGUGGUUGCCGGAUGCUUGUCCUCGUAGGGAGGGCGUUAGCGUGGUGUGAUUGUGUGUUAGGUUUUAGGUAAAGUUUUAGGUGAAAGGUGUUUUAUUGAAUUGAGUGUUUACUGGCGAUUGUGACUUGAACUGGUGAUUAAGGACUGUCGAAGAUGUCGUCUUCGUCGAAAGUAACGAAAAAGACUAUUAUUACUUCGUCGGCAACGACGUCUUCACCGCAGCAGGCAUCUAGUACAAAUACAAGCGGGUAUGGCAGUGCUUCUCGUCCCAGUAGGCCGACAAGCCCUCUGACGCCUCAUAAGUUAAGCCGAUUGGAGGAAAAAUCGGAACUAACUAACCUAAACAAUAGAUUGGCUACUUAUAUUGACAUCGUAAGGAAUCUUCAAAAUGAGAACACCAAUCUUGAACAUAGAAUUAGAACAUUUGAAGAGACUCAAACUAGAGAAGUUAGCAAUGUUCGAGCUAUGUAUCAAACUGAAAUCGACGAAUGCAAAAAAUUGGUGGACGAGCUGUCCAAAGAAAAGGCGAAACUUGAGAUUGAUGUCAAACGCCUAUUGGAAGAUAAGAAUGAACUGCAACAAAGAUUUGAUAAGUUGAAGCGUGAAAAGCUGAGUGCUGAUUCGGCACUCUCUGUUGCUGAGAAGCGCGUGGAAGAUUUAGCAGGACAGCUGAAGCAUGCUAAAAGUGAUCUUGGGAAAUUGCAGGCUGAAGUUCAUGACCUGCGGCAGGAGAACGCCGACCUGAAGGAGGCGCUGAAGGCGGCCCGGCAGGAGCUGGACCAGGAGAUGAUCAGCCGCGUGGAGCUGCAGAACAUGCUGCAGAGCCUCCAGGAGCAGGCCGCCUUCGACCGGCAGUGCUACGAGAAGCAGAUCACGGAGAUCAGGACCCGCAAGGAGACGGAGAUCAGCGAGGUGGACGGGCGUCUGCAGGCCCAGUAUGACUCCCACCUGCAGGAAGAGCUGCAGUCGAUGCGAGAGCAGUUUGAAGGGGAGAUGGCUGAUCGAGCCAGGAUGAUGGAGGAGUCCUACAAGGACAAGAUAAACGGGCUGCAGAGCCAGCUGGACCGCCUGAACGACCACGUGGAGAAGCUGCAGAUGAAGCUGCGUGAGGAGCAGCACAGGAGCAGCAGCAGCAGCUCGCAGCUGCGUGACCUCGAGCAGCAGAACAGGGAGUUCCUGGCUCGUAUCCGAGACCUGGAGGAGCAAUUGGCCUCGGAGAGACGCUAUCACAUGGACAAGAUGGCAGAGGCAGAUGCGGUCAUCAGAGGCUUGCAAGAGGAGAAGAACCAGCUCCAGCUUGACUAUCAGGAGUUGGCGGACAUCAAAGUGAAGCUGGACUUUGAGAUCCAGGCAUAUCGCCAACUGAUUGAGACGGAAGAGAUCAGGUUGAACAUUUCUCCUGGAUCGGCAAAGUCGCCUCUGUCACGUAGCACUCCGUCACGUAUGACUCCUCUGAGAGGAACAAAGCGCAAGCGAACUACCUUGGAGUCGUCCGAGACAGAGACAUCAUCUGCUUCUGAUUUUUCUGAGAAAUCUCAUGCAACUGGUGAUGUGGUGAUCAGUGAAGUGUGUCCGGAAGGGAAGUUUGUGAAGAUCCACAACACAGGGAACAAAGAAAUUACUCUCAGUGGCUGGCAAAUCGUGAGAGUUGCUGGUAGCGAGGAAACCAAUUUCAAGUUUCACCGCUCCGUGAAAAUGGAACCUGAUGCCACAAUCACCAUUUGGUCGUCUGAUAUAGGCCAGACUCACGAACCACCACACAACCUGGUGAUGAAGAGCCAGAGGUGGUUUGUUGGGGACAACAUGACCACUGCCCUGAUCAACAUUGAGGGAGAGGAAAUGGCAAAGCAUGAGCGUCAGCGUACGCAGAAGUAUUUGGCAACGUCUCAGUCCCACACUCGUGAGUCUGUGCCAGUUUCUGCCCGCAGAGUGAGGCAGGAGAUACAUCAUUACCAGGGGGACCCCACAAGCACGGAGAAGUGUCGGUUGAUGUGAGGCUCGAGUCUGCCGUCACGGCUGGAGGGCUCGGGCGAGCUGUGAACGUGCAUUUGUGCUCUCACGGUGCUCCUGUGGAAUACAGACGAGUGUUUUACAGCUUCCAGGCUAAAGAGACGACAUUCAUAGUGUUGUGUGUGUGGAUUGACUGGACACCGAUGUAGUGAGUUGUGUUUAGGUUUAAAAAAAAAGUUAUCAUUCAGCAAUUUUGACAUUUUUCACCCUCCAAUAGUUUAUCUCUCUGGAGGGAAACAAUUUGGUCAAAUGUAAAUUGUGGUGUUGCCAUUUGUUUUAGUUUGUCCCCCCCCCCCCCCCCCCAAAAAAAAAUGUGGUUUGCCAUUGGAUUGUACUUAGCACUGACUUUAAAAUUAAUUUUAAUGAUGUGCUGUAGUUUUUUUUAUUAAUGAGAAAAGAAACAAUUUUAUAAUGAAAUAAUUUAGAGUAUUUACUGAAAAACUAAUUAUUGUCAUGUGUUCAAUAUUACUGAAUGAAAACCAGUUAUAAUAAAUUAACCACAGAAUAUGGAAAUUAAUAUAAUUGUAAUCAAAAAUAGUUUCUAAAAUCGCUGCUCUGUUUUGUUUUGCAUUUGUGUGUUAGUUCAUUUGUGUGUUCAUGUCUGCAAAGUGUUUUUAUUACCUGUAUGUUUUGAAUCGUAAACUUAAGUUAGUGUGUAACACCGUGAGUUGGAUGAUAUUUUAACAUUUAUAUUUGUGUAAGAUCAAAGACAAGAUACGUAUGAAAGUGCAAUGUGUUCUCACGGUGCUUCCUGUAUAUUAUAGACAAGUUUUACAAUUCUGCAAGAGAGAACUCGCUAAGUGUUCUGUGCAAACUAGUUUGACAAGACAUGCACAUGAUGUGCCAUGUGUGAAUGCAACUGUAACAUGUGUAGCUUCACUGUGGAACAUAGUCCAUAUGCAUUUAUGUUUUCUUUUUAUGUUAAUUAAUGAGUGAAUUUGUUUCUUUAACUAACAAAGCCAUCUAAAUUAAAAGAAAACAACUUUAUGAUAAUUUUUGUGGAUAUGUGGGAGUGUGCUCAUGUGAAUGUGUGUUUGUAUGUGUGCAUGUGCAUUUGAGGCCUUAUAUAAUUAUUUGAAUUUCCAUUCUAUUUUAAACAAAAUUAAAUUGGUAUUUUGAAAAAACAGCAUCAUUCAAGAAGUGAAUAUUGAAGUUAUUCUCAGGCGUAGAUUUGUUGUACAUACUGUGUUGGAGUAGGCUUAGUAUGUGUACAUAUAAAAUCUUAAUUUAGGAAUUUUGUGUGUCCACUAUUGUAGGUAACAGGCUAUAAAAUGAAUAUGAAUCAAAAGGAUUAGAUUUUAAAAUUUUAAUAAAUCUGUGAAAUAGUUUUGCCUUUGUUAUGUAGGGGAUUUACCAUAGAUCAAAAUAUUCAGUUUUGGAAUUUUUUUUGAAUUUAUAGCUCCAUUCAUAUUUCACAAUUCAUUUUAUAUAACCUGUUUUUGAGUAAUAAAUAUUAAAGAGAAAAUUUCAAUUUGUGGCAAGAAUAUUUUCCUUCCAGGAAGUUUUUUUUACAGGUUUGGUAAUGUUCAAGUAUAGCUUAAGUUUAUGUAAUUGUUACAACAUAAAGUAAUGUAGCCUUUGUAUAAAAAUAAUAAUCGUAUGCCAACUUGGUAUAUUAACUGUGCGUUAGUUUUACCUUACACAAAUGUUUUUGGAAAAUAAAGUAGUUAAAAUGGUAGUGUUUUGUUAUAUGUAUUUAAAAAAAAUGCUGUUGUAUGUAAAGUUGAGAUAAUAAGUAGAUUAUUUUUAGCAUGCAAUUCUGCAUUUGAAACCUACAGAACUGUGUGUUUUGCAUACACCAGUGUCUGAAUAAACUUUGGUUAACUAUGUACAUUUUGUGUGUUCACAAAAAGGAAUGCACAGUUUUUAUGAUUAUUAUUUUUGUCAAAGUGAUAGUGAACCAGUGUUUAGGCCUAAGUGUUAUUGUAAUGUCAUAUGUCAUUUGCUGAUAAUUUUAACGGCUGCUUGGAGGGAGAAUAACCGCGGUUGUGGCGUCACAAAGGGACAAAGGGGUGCUAAUGUUGUGGUAGUGGUGACAAAGUGUUGUAAAGCACGGGCCUAGAAUUUCUUUUUUUUUGCAAUAACCUCACUAGGAGAUUUGACUGCUAGUAAUGUCACACCUCUAACAAAUAGUCUUUUUUAAUUUUUAAUUUUUUUGCACUUCUGUAGGCUGUAAGGUGUGUAAUGCUGCUGUUUGAGGUAUAUCAACAUUACUGUGUGUCUUAUUGUUUGCUCACCUUAUUAGUAAAAUCACAGGCAUUUUUGAUCAUUUAAUGUUAUGUGAUAGAUUUGGAUUGUUUUGUUGUUGAAAUUUUGUAUGAGAUGCAAAUAAGUAAGAUUUUUUUUGUAAGUUUUGAUUGUUUUGUGAAACACUGCCACAAUUUUAUGUGUUAAUAACAUCGUGUUUAUGGUAGUUGAGUACAUAUAGUAACAAUUUUUUUUGUGUAAUCACCUAGAUUGAGUACUACCUGAUGCAGACAAUAAAGCAGCCAAGCUUUGUGUUGUAAAUGGCUAGUGCACAGUUUUGUCUAAGUUCAAGUGUGUGAAGCAGCUGUGUUUUGUCUUGAAUUGCAAGCACUUUUUGUCUAAUAUUUGAUCAAAAUUCAUGCACGUGGGUCUCAAAGCAUUUUUAAAAAUUGUAAAUGGAUCAUUACCUAACCAGAUAUUCAUGUUAUGCUUUGGACAAGAGUUCUUAUAGUUACAUUAUGCACAUGUUGAGAAAUGUGCAUGAGAAAAAUUGGUUAAGGUGGUCUAUUCUUUAUUCUUUAAAUCACAGUGAAUUAGAUGUAACCAGUGUUCAUUAUGGAAAAUAAUUAAUAGACCCCAACUAGGGACAAGAUUUUAUUGUUUUAUUUUUAGUCCGAUUUGGUUUUUAAAAUUUGUGAAUUUAAUGUUUAUAAUGCUAUAAGUUCUGAUUUUUUAUUCCCCCUCCCCCCACAAAGACUAUAUUAUGUGACUAAAAUAAUUAUUAAUACAUAUUUCACCAAAAUAGUAGAAAAUUUAUCUUCUGAUACAUGAUGCAUUUAUACUACAAAUUAAGCCUGGACAGUUUAAAAUAAAUCAGCAUGCAUGUGUGUGCAAAGUAUACAAACAUCAUUCAGGAAAAGAAUGAUUUAAUUAAAGAUGCAAAAUCAAUGAAAGAUAAGUUUUUGUACCAAUAUGAGUACAAACUUCAUGCCGAAUAAAUCACAGUUGUCCAAUUUAAUAUUUUAUAAAAUUACAUUUGUGAAUAAAUAAUUUUAUGAUUUCAUUUUGGUGCUGUAUGGUGUUAUGGUAUAUAGAUAUGCUUUUCAGUGUUUGAAUUUUAUCAUAAUCCACUAUAAAAUCUUCUCCCUAAUGAUGAACUAGUGAAUUGGAAGGCAGGAAGUAGUGAUUAAUGUUGGUUUUUUAAAUUUGAAAAACUUUGAGUUAAUUGUAAGCUUGACUUUAUAGCACUCCACAUACUUCAGCUGAUCUCUGUUUGCCCAACCACAGAAAUGGUGUAAAUGUUUACAAUUGUUUGAAGACUACCAUCAAAUAACCUCACAAAAUUUUCUUGUCUCUAGGUGUGUGUUCUGGCUACUGAUAAAAAUAAAUUUUAUUUGGAAACACACAAA